UGCCUGUCGGGACAUCCGACCUUACCAUGCAACGUGCUCAAGUUCAAAUCCACCACCAUCAUGCUGGACUGUGGGCUGGAUAUGACGUCCACCCUCAAUUUCCUCCCGUUGCCGCUGGUUCAGAGCCCCAGGCUGUCCAAACUUCCCGGUUGGGUUUUGAAAGAUGGAAGCACGUUUCUGGACAAGGAACUAAAGGAGUGCUCUGGGCAUGUGUUUGUAGAUUCUGUGCCUGAGUUCUGUUUGCCAGAGACUGAGCUGCUUGACCUCUCCACCGUAGAUGUAAUCUUGAUCUCCAACUAUCACUGCAUGAUGGCAUUGCCCUACAUCACGGAGUACACGGGAUUCACUGGAACAGUGUACGCCACUGAGCCCACCGUUCAAAUUGGCAGACUUCUCAUGGAAGAACUGGUGAAUUCCAUUGAACGUGUGCCAAAGGCUCAGUCUGCCUCCAUGUGGAAGAACAAGGAGGUACAGAGGUUGCUGCCAGCCCCCCUGAAGGAUGCAGUGGAGGUGUCUAUGUGGAGGAAGUGCUACACCAUGCCAGAGGUGAACGCUGCACUCAGCAAGAUCCAGCUGGUGGGGUAUUCCCAGAAAAUUGAGUUGUUUGGCGCUGUACAGGUCACUCCUCUCAGCUCAGGCUACGCUCUUGGAAGUUCCAACUGGAUUAUCCAGUCGCACUACGAGAAGGUUUCCUACGUUUCAGGAUCUUCUCUGCUUACAACGCACCCUCAGCCCAUGGACCAGGCUUCUCUUAAAAACAGUGAUGUUCUCAUCCUGACGGGUCUUACACAAAUCCCCACUGCUAACCCAGAUGGCAUGGUAGGAGAGUUCUGCAGCAACCUGGCUAUGACUGUCCGGAAUGGAGGAAAUGUGCUGGUUCCCUGUUACCCCUCUGGAGUAAUAUAUGAUCUGCUGGAGUGCCUCUAUCAGUAUAUUGACUCCGCCGGACUCUCCAAUGUCCCUUUUUAUUUCAUCUCUCCCGUUGCCAACAGCUCCCUCGAGUUCUCCCAGAUCUUUGCUGAAUGGUUGUGUCAUAACAAACAAACAAAGGUAUAUCUUCCAGAACCUCCUUUUCCCCACGCCGAGCUCAUUCAGACAAACAAAUUAAAACAUUAUCCCAGCAUCCACGGAGACUUCAGUAACGACUUCAAGCAGCCGUGUGUCGUGUUUACUGGACAUCCCUCUCUGAGAUUUGGGGAUGUGGUUCAUUUCAUGGAGUUAUGGGGAAAAUCCAGCCUGAACACCGUUAUAUUCACAGAACCGGAUUUUUCUUAUCUGGAUGCCCUGGCUCCUUAUCAACCUUUGGCCAUGAAGUGUGUUUACUGCCCCAUUGACACAAGACUGAAUUUUAUUCAGGUGUCUAAAUUACUCAAAGAAGUCCAGCCUCUCCACGUAGUCUGCCCGGAGCAGUACACCCAGCCACCGCCCACCCAGUCUCAUCGCACGGAUCUGAUGAUAGACUGCCAGCCACCACCCAUGUCCUACCGCAGAGCAGAGGUGCUGACUCUUCCCUAUAAGCGACGCUACGAGAAGAUCGAAAUCAUGCCAGAACUUGCAGAUUCGCUCGUGCCCUUGGAGAUUAAGCCUGGUAUUUCCUUGGCAACAGUUUCUGCCGUGCUGCAUACUAAAGACAACAAGCAUGUGCUGCAGCUCCCUCCAAAGCCUCCACAACCCCCUGCCAGCAAGAAGAGAAAGCGCGUGAGUGAGGACGUCCCAGAAUGUAAGCCUUUGAAGCCUCUGCUGAGUGGCUCCAUUCCUGUGGACCAGUUUGUACAGACGCUCGAGAAGCAUGGUUUCAGUGACGUGAAGGUGGAAGACACAGCCAAAGGCCACAUCGUCCUCCUCCAGGAGGCAGAAACCCUCAUUCAGAUCGAGGAGGACUCCACACACAUCAUCUGUGACAACGACGAACCUUUGAGGGUGAAGCUGCGUGACCUGGUUCUCAAAUUCCUGCAGAAAUUUUAGCCCAAGGACAUAGAGCUUUUCAGAGGGUGUCUCCAAAAAGAGAGAAUUUACUAAUUCGGAGAGACCAGAAACCACCUUCUCCUUCAUGGAAAAGCAAGGGAGUAUUUUUUAAUAUCUAUUUUUUUAAUUUAAUUUUUAACCAGUUUGGAAUACGUUCAAGGGGAUUCCUGUGCUGUAAAAUUGUUAGAAUCUUAAAGGAAAUGUGGAUUGCAGAGUAAAUAGAGUGUCUAUUUACAAGGUCAGGGUGAAGUUGUGUGCAGGCACAGGCAUUUCUGUGUGACACCAUCAGUCAGCAGUGCGUGCCCCAGUCCUUUAUCUGAGAAAACUCUGCAAGAAUAUUGAAACAGUGGCCUCAGAUAUUGAGAGGCUUAUUUUUCUCCCCCAAGUUUCUUCCCAACCACGAGAUCCACUUUUCUGUCUGUCCUCCAUUUACGCUUUGUGCUUGUGUCUUUCAGUGGACGUGGCACAAAGAGGAAUGGGGAAGUUGGGAAGGCAGAAAUUAUACAAACCAAAAUAAAAAAGGGGGAGUAUGCUGGACAUGUACAACAGUUUCAAAUUGGCAAGAGCGUAGCUGUUCCCCACAAAAGCAGAGGGAUUUGGGGAAAGCUCCAUGCUUUAGCAGGUGUUUACUGAUGCUCGCCUCCCGUUAGGACCAGAUUUGUCCACUGAGCUCUAGGCUCUUUGCUAAGGCACACAGAAGACUGGCUUGUCCUGGGUGGCUCCAUCGCCAGUGGAAGAAGUACCUCCAGGGGGACUGCGAUCCGAGGGAAAUGCCCGGCUUUCCCUCUGUGCCCCAUUUCUCUCUUGGCUGUUGGGGGAGCUGAGGCAACUUCGUUCCUGUCUUAGAUGCUUCUGUUAGUAUGUAAGGGUAAGCAGCACGAAUUUGGGGCCCAGAAAGGUAACUGGGAAGGGAGGCUUUCAAAAGUACAGAAGUAGUUAAACUCCCAGGGCUCAUGCCUUUGAGAUUUAAGUGCCUCUUGUUACUACCUUCCAAAAACCUGUCCUGUCAGCCCCCACAUUCCAAAAUCUUGGCUGAAAUUCCGAUAGUCACUUAGACAAAGCCAUCUGCACUGCAGACCUAGGGAUGCUUUUCACUCUCGGAAUCAUGUAUUCGGGGUGUAAACUUAGUUAAUAGCAUUGCUUUUAAAAGCAGCUGAUUUCUCAGAUUUACUGCUGUUUUGUUUUUUUAUGGAAUUACUUUGUAUUUAUUUGGUGUUAAAAAUAAAAAGCAUAGUAAUGCCAAGGAGGAAGCA